AAUCAUUUAAAAACCAAGUGGAAGACUCACAGUACCUUUCUCUCAAAUAUUCUAUUCACUAAUUUUUUUGCUCUCUUCUGUGUCGGCUAUAUAUCGGCGUUUGUAUCUGCAUCUGCAUCUGUUCCUAUUCACACAGAAAGCGUUAGUUUCGUUCCGUUACGUUACUCAUUGUCUUCGAUUUUCUGAUCUGCACUUUCGAUCUGUUCGCUCACGCCUGAUCCGGCUCUGCAUCUCCGGAGCACAAUGACGGAGGAGCAGGUGGUGAAUGUGAGCGGCGAAGAAGGCAAUUCUGUCGACGAUCACCGCGGCGUAAAAGUCAAGGGAGUUGCACACACUGUGGAUGGCGAUUUGGAUCUCGCCGCCGGCGGAGCUGCGUCGGAGGAAUUGGCGGUGAAAAAUUGCAAGGAUGCAGAGGCUAACGGUACGGCGGAGGAAGCUUCUGAAAAGGACGGUGAAUUGAAACGUGUGGACAGUGAAGGCGGCGCGGGAUCCGUCCGGAACGGUGUCCUAGAGAAUGAGACUCAUGCUGCGGAUGAGCUAGUUGCGGAUCACGAGGAAUAUGUUGUUGUCGGUGUCUCGGACGUUCAAAACAGUGUCGCUGCAGAGGGCGAGAUUGUCGGUGAUGCGAAUGGGAACGUGAAUGAAGUUGAGGAAUGUGAACUUUUGGAUCGUGAGGAGGUUUCUGGAGAUGAAAACGGUGUCGUUGUGAAUGUAGUGGAGGGAGAUACUGACGUGAAUCAAGGUGAUCGUGACUUCGAAUGUGUUGAAGUUCACAAUGAUGCCGUGGUGGACGGAGCUGCGGAGGAAGUAACUGCUGCUGAUGCGAAUGGUGUAGAUGACUUGCAGAGUAAAAGUGAGUCUAUCUCUGAUAAAGAUGUGGAUAAAAGUGGGGAAAUUGAAAAUGUUGUUAGUGCAGAUGUCUUGGAUGAGAAGGACAUUGUAACUAACGAAAAUCAUGAUAUGGAAGAAGUCACCGAGAGGAAUGGGGUUCCAGUUGAUGUUGGUGGCGUCUCGGGUACUACAGAUGUGAAGGAAUGCGAACCUGAAGAUGUUGGAAAUAGUUCAGAGACUGGGCAGAUUGAGUCUGUCUCUGGUUUGGCAGAGUCAGAGCAGGAGCCUAGUGAGUGCACUGAGGAGAAUGAGAUUGUUGUUGAAGGUGAUUCAGGCAGUAAGCUGGAGAGGUCUGAGGAGGAAGCAGGAAGUGUACUAGUUCAUAAAGGAGAAAGUACGACAGCCUUAAACAGAACAGAUAUAAAUGGAGAUGGUGAUGUUGAGUCUGAUAUUGCAGUGGAGAGCACAUCUGAACCUUCUGUUAUUGAUUGUGAGAUGAAAAGCGAUGGUGAACUUAAUGUUCAUGUACAAGAGAUGAAAAAUGCUGCAGAACAUAGUGAAGCUGGAACUUCAAAUGGUGCAGUGCAGGGUGAAAGUAAACCUUCACUUGUGUCUGAGAUGGAAAACAGUACAGAAGAGGUUGAGGCUGAACCUUCAAACUUUGCAGUGGAGGCUGAAGCUAAACCUUCAAAUGGUGCAGUGGAGAGGGAAGUUGAACCUUCAAAUGGUGCAGGGGAGAGGGAAGUUGAAUCUUCAAAUGGUGCGGUGGAGACUGGAAUUGAACCUUCGAAUGGUGAAGUUGAGUGUCUGGCUGAUCCUUCAAUUGGUGCAGUUGAGAGCGAAGCUGAGUCAUCAAAUGGGGCUCUUAAGAGUGUAGCUGAAUCUUCAAAUGGUGCAGUUGAGGGUGAAGCUGAAUCUUCAAAUGGUGCAGUUGUGAGGGAAAUCAAGGCAUUAAAUGGUGCAGUUGAGAUUGUAGCUGAACCUUCGAAUGGUACAGUUGAGGGUGAAGCUGAACCUUCAAACGGCGAAGUUGUGAGUGAAGCUGAGCUAUCAAAUGGUGCAGUUGAGGUUGAAGCUGAAUCUUCAACUGUGAAUGAAGCUGAGCCAUCAAAUGGUGCAGUUGAGUCUUCAAAUGGUGAAGUUCAGUGUGAAGUUGAACCUUCAAGUGAGGCAGUUGAGAGUCAAACUGAGCCUUCAAAUGGUGCAGUUGAGAGGGAAGUUGAACUUUCAAAUGGUGAAAUGCAGAGUGAAGCUGAACCUUCAGAUAGGGAAGAGGAUAGGGAAGCUGAACCUUCAGAUGGUGCAAUGGAGAGGCAAGCAGAACCUUCAAACAGUGCAGCGGAGAGAGAAGCUGAACCUUCAAAUGGCGUACUUGAGAGUGAAGUUCAACCUUUAACUGGUGCAGUGGAGAGUGAAGCCGAACCUUUAACUGGUACAGUGAAGAGUGAAGCUGAACCUUUAACUGGUGCAGUGGAGAGAGAAGUUGAACUUUCAAAUGUGUCACUCGAGAGAGAAGCUAAACCUUCAGAUGGUGUAGUUGGGAGUGAAGCUGAACCUUCAAAUGGUGAAGUGGAGUGUGAAGCUAAACCUUCCAAUGGUGUAGUUGAGAGUGAAGUGGAACCCUCAACUGGUGAAGUUGAGAGUGAAGCUAAACCCUCAACUGGUGUAGUUGAGAGUGAAGCUAAACCUUCAAACGGUGUAGUUGAGAGUGAAGCUAAGCCUUCAAAUGGUGUAGUAGAGAGUGAAAGUGAAUCUUCUGUUGAUUUGCGUGAGAUGAAAAACAAUGCAGUGAAUAGUGAAGCUGAACUUUCAACUGGUGCAAUGAAGAGUGAAACUGAAUCUUCUGCUGUAUCUGAGAUUACAAGUUAUCCAUUGGAGAGUGAAGAUGAACAUUCAAAGGGGGCAGUGGAGAGUGAAGCUCAACCUGUAGUUGAAGGUGAAGGCAGCAAUCAAAGAGAUGAAGACACAAGACCUGCCUUGGAUGCUUCGGAUGUACAGAAUGUGGGUGCAGAGAUAGUGAAAAAGCCAUUCUUCUAUUUGAUCAGGGUUCCCAGAUAUGAUGAUGAUGAAAACAUUAAAGAGCAGAUAGAAAAAACUCUUCGCCAAGUAGAAGAGAAGACUAAAAUUCGAGAUUCUAUUCGAGCUGAAAGCCAGACUAUAAAGGCCCGUUGUAAGGAUUGCGACCAAGAAGUUAAGGCUGCAAUAGCAGCCCAAAGAGCUGCUCGGGACCAGCUCAAAUCCAAACGCCAGGAGAUGGAUUCGGUUCAAUCCAAAAUGAACAGAUUAAACAAUGCAAUUUCUGUUGGGGAUAUAGAUGGCAAGAUAAGAAACAUGGAACACAUGAUCCAGCAUGAAACUUUGCCUUUGAAUGAAGAAAAGCAAUUGAUACGCCAAAUCAAACAAUUGAAGCAAAAUCGAGAGGAGCUGUCUUCUAAUAUGAGAAAGCAGGAUCAAUCACAACAAUCUCUAGACCACAAGGAGGGCAAUAUUGAAGAGCACUCUAAGCAUUUACAGCUUCUGAAGAAGGAAAUGGAAGUGCUUAGAAAUAAUGUUCUGAAGUUAGAUACGGCAACUAAAGACGCAAAGAAGAAAUAUAAUAAUGAAUAUGAUAAGCUGAAUGAGUUGAUUGCUCAGUUUAGGGCAGCUGAUGAAGUUCGUCAAGAGGCAUAUGCUAAGUCAGUGGCUUUGAAAAAACAAUUGCAUGAGAAGGGCAAAAAUUUCUGGGAUUACAGAAAAGCUGCAAAUAAAGCUCAGGAACUAGCAGCGGGAGGGAAAAAAGAGGAACUACAAUGCUUCUGUGUUGAUCAGGUCGAGAGAAUUAUGGAGCUAUGGAACAAAAAUGACGAUUUCAGAAGGGACUAUGUCCGAUGCAACACUAGGAGUACACUUAGGAGACUCCAAACCCUAGAUGGCCGAUCACUUGGUCCUGAUGAAGAACCGCCUGUAAUUCCUAAUGCCAUAACUGUAAGAGCUUCCAAAAAUAUUUCCGUGGUCUCGCAGUCAACUCUGGAACAAGAAAAGAAACCCCCCUCAACAGAAUCUGUUAUUAUAAAGAAUGAACCUGUUUCGAAGGUUGUAGUGCAAAGAACUGAGACUAGUCAGACAACUAAAGCUAAAAAUCCUACCAAGCCUUCUCUCUUAGAGAAACCUGUUGCCCGUUGGGGUGAUGAGUCUGAUGAAGAAGUUAAAAAAGAACCUGUGAGAACAAAGGAGGAAGAGGAACUGUUACUGAAAGCUGAAAAGGCAAGGAAGGAGGAAGAGGAGGCAAUGUUGAAGGAAAAGCGGAGGCUAGAGGAGAUUGAGAAAGCUAAGGAGGCCCAGCAGAGGAAAAAGCGUAAUGCAGAGAAGGCUCAACAAAGGGCUGCCUUAAAGGCACAAAAAGAAGCUGAACUGAAAGAGAAGGAAAGGGAAAAGAGGGCAAGGAAGAAGGAAAGAAGAAAGGCCGCUUCUGCUGUCACUGCAGAGAAUACAGAACAAGAAUCUGCUCCUACCUCAGAAAUUCUAACAAGAAGUAUGGAAGAACAUGACCAGAGUGAGAAAGCAGCUGAGCUAACAAAAAAGCCGCAGAAACCAUCUCAAUUCACGAAGCAGACCAAGCCAAAAUCUGUACCCCUGGCUCUCCGCAACCGGGGAAAGAGACGAAUUCAACCAUGGAUGUGGAUUCUAAUUGCAGUUAUAGUUGCUGUUGCCUUGUUUUAUGUGGGCAAUAGCAGCGUCCUGAGAUCUUCACUUCAAGGCUUUGGUUUCUGAAGACACUCCAGAGCAAUCACUAGGUGCGCGCGUCGGGGAUGUUACCCUUACAUAUAUUUAUUACAUACAUACAUAUAGAUGCAAUUUUUUCUUGCCCUUGCAAUUUUUUCCUGCUAGUUUUGGUCUAUAGUCAUUAUUUUCUUCAUAUUGAGAUUUUUACUUUUUACUUUGGGAUGUGUUGUGAUUGCCGAAUGCUUCUGCCACCAAUUAUGAGAAUAAUAAAUUAUUGUGAUUGUGCCCUUAAUUUAUUUAAAAUAUAUUCGCUGCUAUUUAUAAUA